UAUAGUUCUUGCAGUUGAAAUCGUCUUCCUCCACCUAGCCAACGACAUGCGGACAAACGCGUAGGCCGGCUUUCACCUGCAAAAUAAAUCACUAUCGGAGUGAGCUGUGAGCAAGAGCAAGCACAACAAUCGAACGACGAUCAGUUCCGAUCGAUGGAAGUCGCCAAGCCGCGGAACCUGGGCGGCUCGCUGCCCGUGCCCAACGUGCAGGACCUCGCUGCCCGGCCUCAAGACCUCACUGCCACACCCACCCUCCUGCACCGUUACCUGCUGCCUCAGCCCAACACGGUGGACCUGCAACUCGACGGCCCUGCUCACGAACAGGAGCAUGUCCCCGUCAUCGACCUCGGCCGGCUCCUUCAGGACGACCGGGCCGAGGAGGCCGCCAGGAUGCGGUUGGCCUGCGAGAACUGGGGCUUCUUCCAGAUCGUGAACCACGGGAUUCCUGAGGAGACAAUGGAGGAGAUGAAGAGGAACGUCAUGGGGUUCUUCGCGCUGCCGCUGGAGGAGAAGGCAUCCCUCGCCCAGGAGCCCGGAGGGAUCGAGGGGUACGGGCAGGCGUUCGUCGUCUCAGAGGAGCAGAAGCUGGACUGGGCAGACAUGUUCUUCCUUCUCACGCAGCCGCCCAGCUACCGCGACCUCCACCUUUGGCCGUCCAACCCUUCCACAUUCAAGAACUGCUUGGAGAGCUACUCCGCGGCGGUGCAGAGGGUAGCCAGCGAGCUGCUUCGGGCCAUGGCUGAGAACCUGGGCGCGCGAGACCACUCGGACAUGACAAGGCUCGCCGCGACGCAGGGCAUGAGGAUGAACUAUUACCCGCCGUGCCCGGAGGCACACGUGGACAGAAUGCUGGGUCUGUCGCCGCACUCGGACGCCGUCGGGCUCACGCUGCUGCUGCAGGUCAGCUCUGUUCCCGGGCUGCAGAUCAGGAGGAACGGAGGCUGGGUCCCCGUCAUGCCGCUCCCUGGGGCCCUCGUCGCCAACGUCGGUGACGUCGUCGAGGUGCUCACCAACGGGAAGUACAAGAGCGUCGAGCACAGAGCAGUGGUCAAUGCGCGAGAGGAGCGGAUGUCCAUCGCCGCGUUCCACAGCGGAAAGUUCGGCACCACCUACGGGCCGCUGGAGGAGGUCGUCGGAGAUGAGGAAGUGCGGUACAGGAGCAUCAGCGUCGAGGAUUAUGUGAAGCUCGUCCUCUCCAGCAAACUCGAAGGCAAAAACAUCAUGGACGCCAUGAAGAUCACUUGAUGUAUUUUUCACAAGUCAUUGUUAAAACUAUAUAUCUACUAUUCCCUCUGUUUCAUAAUUCUUGUCCUGAUUGUAGUUUAAAUCUAAACCAAGACCACGACAAGAAUAUAGAAUGGAAGGAGUACUAUAAAAGAAGUUGAUAUUUUGACAGUUUUUU